CGCAGAGCACACUCGGCGCCAAGCGCCCGCCGCGUGAGCACUGGCCAGCAGCCGAGCCGGCACCAUGCACGAGCUGCACGUGCACGACGUGCUGGGGAGGAAGGCGGCCGGCCACGAGCUGACCGCCAAGGAGAUCGAGCUCUUCGUGGAGCGAGUCUCCCGAGAGGAGAUCGACCGACUGCAGCUAGGCGCUCUGCUGAUGGCCAUCUACACCCGCGGCAUGGUGCAGCGCGAGGUGACCCAGCUGACGGCGGCCAUGACCCGGUCGGGCGAAGUGCUCCGCUGGCCCGACGACUGGACCGUGGUCGACAAACACAGCACCGGUGGCGUCGGCGACAAGGUGUCGCUGCCGCUGGCGCCGGCGCUGGCCGCGCUCGGCUUCAAAGUGCCCAUGGUGUCCGGCCGCGGCCUGGGCCACACCGGCGGAACGCUCGACAAACUGGAGGCCAUUCCAGGGUUCAGCGUCAGUCAGACGGCCGGUCAGAUGCGCGCCUGUCUGGAGCGCGUCGGCUGCUGUAUCGUCGGCCAGACCCAGACGCUGGUGCCGGCCGACCGGGUGCUCUACGCCAGCCGCGAUGUGACUCACACCGUCGACUCGGCACCGCUCAUCUGCUCGUCCAUCGUUAGCAAGAAGGCCGCCGAGGGUCUGCAGGCGCUCGUGCUGGACGUCAAGUACGGCGCCGGGGCGUUCCAGCGGGACGCCAGGCACGCCGCCGAGAUCGCCAGGAUGCUGGUGGACACAGCGAACGGGAUGGGGAUCAGCACGGCGGCGCUCAUCACUAGCAUGGAGUCGCCCAUCGGCCAGACGGUCGGCAACGCGCUGGAGGUGGCCGAGGCGGUGCGCUGCCUGCGCGGCCGCGGCGCCGCCGACCUGCGCGAGCUGGUCACGGCGCUGGGCGGCCAGCUGGUGCAGCUGGCCGGCCGCGGCUCGGCCCAGCACGGCGCCCAGCUGGUGGCGCGCGCGCUGGCCGACGGCUCGGCGCUGGACAAGUUCCGACAGAUGCUGGUGUGCCAGGGUGUCAGCGAGCCGGACGCGCACCAGCUCUGUCACGGAGACGAGUGGACGGUGCUGCCGCGCGCGCCGGCCAUCGAGGACGUGUGUGCCACGGACGCAGGCUUCGUGCACGCCGUGGACGCGCUGGCGGUGGCCCGCGUGUGUGCCGCGUUGGGAGCCGGCAGAAAGCAGGCCGGCGACUCCGUGGACCACAGGGUCGGCAUCACGUUUCUGGUCCGCCUCGGAGACAUGCUCGAAAUCGGACAGCCGUGGGCGCAGAUCCACCACUGUGGCACUCUGACGGACGCCGGCCGGCUGCAGGUGCGCCAGGCGCUCCGUCUGACCGCCCAGCGGCCCAGCCCGGCCCCGCGCGUCACCGGGCUCGUGCAGAGACAGUGAUCGGGCCGACGGGCGCACAGAGGGGCCGCACCAGCUGCCGGCGUGGCGCUGGGCGACCCCAUCAGCCGGAGACCAGCGAGGCAGAGCCGGCACGGGAUCCGUCGACCGGACCGGGUCGGGGGACACUGAGGACAGUAGGGCACCGAGACGCCGCCCUGACCUGGCCAGUAGUGUAUGCAGUGCACCGAGGCGCCGCCCUGACCUGGCCAGCAGUGUAUGCAGUGCACUGAGGCGCCGCCCUGACCUGGCAAGCAGUGUAUGCAGUGCACUGAGGUGCCGCCCUGACCUGGCCAGCAGUGUAUGCAGUGCACCGAGGUGCCGCCCUGACCUGGCCAGUGUAUGCAGUGCACCGAGGUGCCGCCCUGACCUGGACAGUCCGGCCAGGAUGUGGUCUGUACAGUAGUGUGCGACCUCACUGCUCAAAGUUUAAAAACAAAGCAAGAAAUUCGCUGAGAAAAUGAUUGUGAAAACUGGCUAGCACACAUGGUACUGAAGAGAUUGAAGCCAUUUUCAAAGUUG